AUGACCAGUCUGAAGCGUUCUCAGACAGAGCGCUCGGUUGGGGGCUCAGUGCCAGCCACUGAUGAGUUCUACACCCGCCGUCUGCGCCUGCCCAAUGGAGGGGCGCCACCACCCCGUAGUGAGAGCGCCCACAUUUCCUCUUCCUCCACCACUGGCACCAACCCCGGCGUCCCCAAGAUGGGGGUUCGGGCUCGUGUGGCUGACUGGCCGCCAAGGAAAGAUGGGGGAGGAGGGGGUGUUUGGCAUAUUACCGUGGAAACCGACUCCCCCAGCUCCACCAACACCACCAGUUCAUCAGGAUCUGGAAGUGGAGAUAGAGAAAGACUUGUUGGAGGGGGAGGAGGAGGAGGGAGUGGAAGUGGUGGUAGUGGUAGUAGUGGCAGUGGAAGUGGAGGGGUGUCAGCUGUUACAGCCCACAGCAAUCUGUCAGCGAAGCUCGGCCACCUAAUAAGCCCACAGGACUCAUCCAUGCUGCGCAACAUCCACAACACGCUCAAGAAUAAGAUGCAAAGCAAAGGAAAAGACAAUCGCUUCCUUUCACCAGAUGGCUAUCUGGGCUCACCUCGCAAAGGCAUGAGGCGCAUCCGCCAACGCAGUAACAGUGAUAUAACUAUUAGUGAGUUGGAUGCGGACGGCAAUGAGGGCUGGUCUUUCUCAGGGUGGACACCCAUGCACCGUGAGUAUGGCAGCACUUCAUCCAUAGAUAAACACGGAGUGUCGGGAGAGAGUUUCUUUGACAUGCUAAAGGGUUACCAGUCCUCUGAGGCCCCUGAUCAGCGAAGCCCAGCUCCAGAGAGGCUAACAGAGCUCCUUACAGUGGCCCCCAUAAAACAGGCUGCACUUGACCUGCCAGAUGGACCUUUAGGUCCAGCCAGAGGUAGUCCUGCCAGUCGGCUGAAGGAACGAGAGAAGCACUUAAAAAGGAGGUCAAAGUCAGAGACGGGAGGAGAGUCUAUAUUUCGUAAGCUGCGCAGUGUGAAGGUGGAGGGUGACACAUCAAGGGCUGGGUCUGAUGCUGAAGAUGGGGGGAAAGGAGAUGAAAGUGGCCCACCUCCCAAACCCUGGGUGUGCCAGAGAGGCUUUGCCCAUUUUGAUAUUCAGUCUCUACUCUUUGACCUCAAUGAGGCAAUCCAAAGUCGUCAGUCUGGGGCGAAACGGAAGAACACCACAACUGGUGCCUCUGCUGCUGCUGCUGCUUCUGCCUCCGCCACAUCCUCCCUCUCCUCUAAUCAGAGCGGAGUGUAUGGGUCACCAUGUGGCUCACAAGAGGAGCUGAGCAAGGAGGGAGCAGGAGGACACAAUGCUAACCCCGCCUUAGACCCUGGUGAUGACAAAAGCAAUGAUCUGGUGCUCAGCUGCCCCUGUUUCAGGAACGAGAUUGGGGGAGAGGGUGAGAGGAACAUCUCUCCUGCUAAACAGCAGGGCAGCAUAGGCAGCGGUGGAAGUUCAAGCAGUUCUUCUGGCAGUACAGAGGAAGGACCGCUGGAUGCCAUCCUCAGUACUCAUUUUACCAACGCUGGUGUGGCAGUAUUAGAGGCUCCCAAGGACGGGCCAAGUCAGCAUGCUGACAGGUCCAAACGAUACAUCGUAGAGCAUGUUGACCUCGGUGCCUAUUGCUACCGGAAGUACUUCUACCUCAGAGAACACUGGAACUAUCUGGGGGUAGACGAGAACCUGGGUCCGGUGGCAGUCAGUCUGAGGAGGGAGAAGCUGGACGAACACAAGGAGCACGGCCAACAGUACAACUACAGGGUUAUCUUCAGAAUGAGCGAGCUUAACACCCUGAGAGGCUCCAUCCUGGAGGACGCAGUACCUUCCACAUCCAAGCAUGGCCUAGCUCGAGGCCUGCCUCUCAAAGAGGUGCUGGAGUACCUGGUGCCCGAGCUGAACGUUCACUGCCUGCGGCUAGCGCUCAACACACCUAAGGUCACCGAGCAGCUGAUGAAGCUGGACGAGCAGGGGCUGAGUUUCCAGCGGAAGGUCGGAGUGAUGUACUGCAUGGCGGGUCAGAGCAGCGAGGAGGAAAUGUACAACAACGAAUCAGCCGGUCCUGCAUUGGAGGAGUUCCUACAUCUGCUGGGGGAGAGGGUUCGGCUCAAAGGCUUCACCAAGUACCGAGCUCAGCUGGACACAAAGACUGACUCGACCGGCACACACUCCUUGUACACCACUUACAGGGACUAUGAGAUCAUGUUCCAUGUGUCUACCAUGCUGCCCUACACACCCAACAAUAAGCAACAGUUACUGCGGAAGCGCCAUAUUGGGAAUGAUAUCGUCACAAUCGUGUUCCAAGAACCCGGGGCACUUCCGUUCACUCCUAAGAACAUUCGCUCACAUUUCCAGCAUGUCUUCGUGAUUGUGCGGGCACACAAUCCCUGUUCUGAGAACAGCUCCUACAGCGUGGCAGUCACUCGCUCCAAAGAUGUGCCAUCUUUCGGCCCACCAAUCCCAGAGGGCGUGACCUUCCCCAAAUCCUCUGUGUUCCGGGACUUCCUGCUGGCCAAGGUCAUUAAUGCAGAAAACGCCGCUCACAAGUCCCACAAGUUCCGUGCCAUGGCCACCCGAACGCGCCAGGAGUACUUGCGUGACCUGGCUGAGCGCCACACCACAAGCACGCCCAUCGACCCCUCGGGAAAGUUUCCUUUCAUCUCAUUGGCUCACAAGAAAAAGGAGAAGAGCCGGCCCUAUGUAGGGGCGGAGCUGCGCAGCCUUGGGGCCGUGACCUGGCUGGUACACGCUGAGGAUCAUGGGACUGGAGGAGAACUUGAGGCUCUCCUCGCCAUCUCCAAUGACUUCCUCAUCCUUUUGGACCAAGACGCCAAGGCUGUGGUGUUAAACUGUGCCACUAAGGACGUGAUUGGCUGGAUGCUGAGCAGCCCUGCGUCUUUGCGGAUUUUCUAUGAGCGGGGAGAAAGUGUGUCUCUGAGGAGUAUCAGUAAUAACACUGAGGAUUUCAAAGAGGUGGUCAAACGUCUAGAGAUCCUGACUAAAGGCUGCGAGACAUCAGAGAUGACACUUCGUCGAAAUGGCCUGGGGCAGCUUGGCUUCCAUGUGAACUACGAAGGCAUCGUGGCUGAGGUGGAGCCGUACGGCUACGCCUGGCAGGCAGGACUGCGGCAGGGAAGCCGAUUGGUAGAAAUCUGCAAAGUUGCUGUAGCGACACUGACACAUGAGCAGAUGAUUGACCUCCUGCGGACCUCGGUGACAGUGCGUGUUGUUAUUAUCCCACCACAUGAAGAUGCCACUCCACGCAGAGGCUGCUCGGAGCUCUAUCGGAUGCCUGUGUCCGAAUACAAGGGCAGCAGCAGCGAUAGCGGGUCCUUCGAAUACAAGUUCCCCUUCCGUAGCAACAACAACAAGUGGCAGAGGACGUCCAGCAGCCCUCAGCAGUCGCUGACUGCCUCGCCUCAGCCCCACACGCCCAACCGUGCCAUCAGCUUGGGUAGCUCCGUGGGGAAGACCCUGUCAGCUGAGAGGCUGGAGAGGGGCGCAGUCAUCCCACGCAGUGUGAGCAGCGAUGGCCGACCCCUGGACACCAAAAGGAUGUCUCCGGGCAGUGAGAGCUACAGCCUGGUCUCCUCCCUGGCGUUGGGUCGUUCCCCUCACAAUCGAAGCUCUCCAAGCAACUUGUCUUGUUCCAGUGACGCCUCCGGAAGCUCUGCUCACUGGAGACAAAAGUCCAUGCCCGAGCAGUUUGCAAGCAACCGCCAUUCUCCGAUGCCUUCGGAGAGACGGGAGGUGGUCGGCGAGGGCGGGUCCAGUGGAAAAUCCACUCCCAAUUGGUCAAGAAUGGAGGAAGGGGGAGGAGCAGAACGGGGGUCAACAGAGGCCCCGGUCUCCAAGUCGGGUCAAGGCUACUCUGGAGCUCCUCGCAUCCAGAGGCAAGAGCAGGUCAUCCAUCUGUCCCCAAAGAAGGGAAGCCAGUCGGACGGCCCUUACUCUGGCCACUCCAGCAGCAACACUCUGUCCAGCACGGCAUCCAGUGGCGCUCACAGCGACAGUGAUAAAUGGUAUGAAAUGGGAGCAGGUGGAGGCUCCGGCGGUGAUCAGGGCGACACGGAGCCCAACGGUCUGGGAGGAGGAGGUUAUCUCCAGGGGGCGUCAGCCGACAGCGGCAUCGAUACCAGCUCUUAUGGAGCCUCGCACCACGCCCACCCGCACUCUCAUCACGGCAGCACCACUUCCCUUCUGGCUCCCAGUGGCAGCAGGGAGAGCAGGGAGCGGUCAGCCUCUCCGUGGCACAGCCCCACCGAGGGAGGCCGCAGGAUGCUGGAGAGGUCACCUGCUGCUGCCGAGUCCCCGGGCCCUCCAGGAGAAAGGAGCCUGGACGGGACCGGCCGAAGCCCGCCUACUCAUCUCCUCGUCAGGGAUAGCAGCACCUUCAGUCUGAAUGAGGCUGGAUCACACUCAAGGCACUCAGGCCACAGCUCGCCCAGAGACGAGUCUUCAUCUUCAGCCACCUCGCCGUCCUCCCAGUCCUCGGCGUCCCCUGGGCCCAAGAGCUUCUACCCCCGCCAAGGAGCUCAGUCCAAGUACCUGAUUGGCUGGAGGAAGCCAGGCUCCACCAUCAACUCUGUCGACUUUGGAGACACACGCAAGAAGUCUCCUGGAGAGAGUGGAGUGGAGGGUAUUCCAACCCCUGCAGCCAGGCCCUCUCUUCGGGACAUGCACUCACCCCAGCCUCAUGCUAAAUCUACUAUUGAGGAAGAUGUGAAGAGGCACGGGGCUCCAGACAGCCCUCCACCACCACGCAGGCAUAAGGAAAAGCAUGGCCAGAAAUCACCGUCGGGCCAACAUCUCAGCCACCGUCGCUCGCUCCAUCGUACCCUGUCAGACGAGAGCAUCUACCGUGGACAGCGACUUCCCCCCCUGAGCGACUCGGUGGCAGAACCAGUUAGCGACGUUCUCUUCAGCUGCUCCACCCUCCCGCGCUCACCCACGACCCGCGGUGUGCCCCUUCGGCGGCCCUCCUAUAAGCUCGGUGUCAAACUGCACGGUGACCUUUCGGCAUCUGACACAUCACUGGUGGAUUUGGUGGAGCGACACCGUGGACCCCUCCCACAGGAGCUAAUGCCCCUCCCUUCUUCAGACAGGGACAGCCCUCUGGAGUGGACACACUUGGUGGACGUGGCCAGUACCUUUGAGAGUGACAGGAACCCUCACUACGUUCAGAGAAGUUACGUGUUCGGGGAUUCAAAUCACCGGAGCAGCGGCUCCUCCAGUCCACAGCAGCCUCACAUCGAGCUGCAGCCAGCACCAGUGUCUCGGCCCUCAUCAAGUGAGGGUCACAUAGGGCUGGAGAGGAAAGUCACUAAACUUGAGGCCAUUGUGAAGAUGCUCCAGGAGGACCUGAAGAAGGAGCGUGAUGAAAAGCUGCGGCUUCAGACUCAGAUCAAACGGCUGUGGGAGGACAACCAGAGGCUGCAGGAGGAAUCUCAGACCUCCGCCACCAAGCUCAAGAAGUUCACAGAGUGGGUUUUCAACACCAUCGACAUGAACUGACGUACUCCUGCACAUCCUAACUUGCACACGCACCCACACGACUUCAUACAUCAGCACACACAGUCUGGACGGAGACGCGGAGGGGGAGACAUGUUCUGAGACUCAUUUAACCUGAUGCCGAACCCUCCCUCCAUCUUCCAUCGGCUUCAAACAUCAGGGGCUUUUAUUGCCGACCAGUCUCUAUCUCUGCAGACCCUCUGUUCAACUUCUCAGGAUGAGGCCCAAGAAGAACGCGUGUUGUUUGUCAGAUCAUGAAGGACUGACCUCUGCCCUCCUGUGGGGCCAUGAGGGCGUUGCUGAAUUGAACUUUCUCUCAUCUCGCUGUGCCAAAAUCUUUUCAGCAAAAUUACCGACAAGUGAAAACACCCUUCCUCCCUCCUCCUUUCUGAACGAGGCGACUUUGCCUCUUCCAGUUAUUGCAGAGGUAAACAAUGUCCUCACCCCUCUGCCCUGGUCUCCGAGUGGACACGAGUCUCUUUUCAAGGCGACUUUCUUUUUCCUCAUUGUUCCUGUUUUUCAAGCACCUUUUUCAAAUGUCGCCCAACUUCUCCAGAAGGUGAUUUAAGUGUUUCGUGCCAAAUCAGCCUCACCACAGCAGAGGGUUUGUCUCAGGCAGAGCAACGACAAACCUGCCAGCUCAGCCACUAAGUGUCCGCUGUAACACAGACGGACAAAAGAGCCACAAGACAACUGGACACGUGAGAGGAUUUUGUUUCCAUCACCUUUAAAUGGAAAGUGAAGAGGUUAGCAACUUUUUUUUUUUCUCCCCGCGGUGGAAACCCCUGAACGUCAUGGCCGUUGGUCCGUCAGCCACUGACAUGACGUCGAUCCGCGUCCGCGCCACAGACAAAUCUGGAUUUGUACAGUUUUCAUUUCUUGACCUGUGUGUGAGUCAGGUCUGGAUUACAACAGUCGAUCUGUCUCAACAGCACAAACCAACACCUGACACAGGAGUCUAUAUUUAAAAGCCAUUGGCAGUGGUGCCAUAAAACAAGACUGAUAUCCAGAGUGCUUUGGUCCAUCCCACUCGUUCGUGUCUUAAAAGCAAUAGGAAGAAGUCGGACCUCGUGUUUUUCUCGCUCACAAAAAUGAAGAGUUUGCUCUCGCAAGAAGUUUUACGUGGGAUACGGUGUUUUAAAGGUCAAACUGGCAAAACACCGGCCUCUGCUGCACAAGAACCUCCAGCUUUUUCCACCGAACAUCGUAUUCAGGGGAAAAAGAAAACGAGGACGCCACUCAUCAUUCCAAUGACUGGAAAACAGAGAGCCAGCUGAUAAUAAAUGACAGAGACAUUUUGGAUGAGAAAAGGUUUUUCUUUUUUUCCUCGGGUUAAUUUAUUUCCUUGUAUUCUAAUUCCAAUAAAUAAGUUGUUCUAUUCGUACAGUACAACUGACAUCAGUGUUUAGUUCCUGAAGAAAAAGGGUCACUAGCUAUAUUAUUUAAACUGCUUUCUUUCUUAAUUCUGGCUAAAGCCUGACUAUAAUGCUUUUUAUUCUGUAUUCUGUUGUAUUUUGUGGUGCCCAAGCCUGCUGUUGUGUUGCUUACAGUGCCCUCUAGUGAUGACCAGUGGAAAUGUCAUGGUUAUUAAAUGUGCUGCCAGUCACUCUGUAUUUUUCCAACGACUCUUCAGCCAUCAGUCAGACACACACACACACACACACAACAGAUCAUCAGAGGCUUUGAGAGACAAUCAAAGGUUGAUUUUUGACGAUGGGAGAGUGUGUGUCUCUGUGUGUGUCUCUGUGUGUGUCUGUGUGUGUGCGUGCUUCAGUUCAAACAGUUCUGCUCAGGUUCAGUCUUUGUUGGGAACGUGUGAGGAUCUUUUCUGAAAGCAAUUCAACAAUAAUGACAUGUAUGACGAUAUUUUAAAUACCCAUCCAAAAAGGGAGUCACAGUACCUGCCGUACUUGUGUGUGUUUGUUUGUGUGUGUG